AUGGGGAUGAAAACGACGAAUAACAAGAACUACCAGUUGAAGCUGAUUGAAACAAUCUACAAUCAGAUACCAGCAUUCACUGAUGUUUUCACAGAGGAGACAUUUUACAUGACUGUUAUUUGUUUUGUAUUGACCACCAUUGUUUUGGUGUUCUUUAUAUCUAGAUUUGUUACCAUUAAAGCCGUAGAUUAAUUCAUCGCUUAUUUUGUAAGAUAUUUUAUGUUGUAAUAAAAAUAUUAAACCUC